AUGUAUGACUUCAAUGUGCCCUCCCAAUUUGGGCCGGCCACCAUCCGGAUCGGCUUUCCUCGCUCCUCCCUUCUUAGCUUCCCUCCAGCUGAGCUUCCUGUGACCAUUCCUGCGCCCCAUGUAUCGGAGUUCUCUUGGAAGCAGCCCUUCAACAUUCCCAACGACCUUUACAACCAGGUGCUGGAUGUGCGCGUGCCUAUUACAAUUGCCAGCGUCUACGCCUUGACUGUCGUCCUGAUCAGUCGCAUCAAUAAAAGUCGCGGCUACAAGCCUUAUGCAUUCAGCCAUUCGCCCCUGUUCAAGCUGUUCGUGGUACUACACAAUGUCUUCCUGGCCGUUUAUUCCGCUUGGACAUUUGUGGGUAUGGUACAGGCCUUUGGCAAUUCCUUCCCGGAUCGCAGCGAUACCAAUGGUCUGAUUGGCGUUGUGGACUCGCUGUGCAAGAUCAAUGGCCCCCGCGGCUACGGUAAUGCCGCAACCUACAGCACUAUCACCGACGAGUGGUCCAUUCCCAACCCGGCCUACAAGCUGAGCAAUGGCCUACCCGAUUCGACAGAUGUCGGUCGUCUCUGGAAUCAGGGCCUCGCCUACUUCGGCUGGCUUUUCUACCUCUCCAAGUUUUACGAGGUCGUGGACACUGCCAUUAUCCUGGCUAAAGGCAAGAAGAGCUCCACCUUGCAGACCUACCACCACGCCGGUGCUAUGAUGUGCAUGUGGGCCGGUAUUCGUUAUAUGGCAGCUCCUAUCUGGAUCUUCUGCCUCGUGAACUCCGCUAUUCACGCGCUGAUGUACACCUACUACACUUUCACGGCUUUGCGCAUUCGUGUCCCGGGGGUGAUCAAGCGCAGCUUGACCACCAUGCAGAUCACCCAAUUCGUCCUCGGCACUAACAUGGCUGCUGCCUACCUCUUCGUGGAGUACACUCUUCCCUAUCCUGUCGGUAGCACCGCUUUGCGCCACCUGUCCAAGGCUGCACCCGCCGUGGUCACUGCCACCGCCGAAGCCGGCGUCGUUCCCUGGUUGAAGAAGCUUGCCCUCCGCGCCGCUGGUGCCGAGGGAAUCGCCGAGAACGUCGGCAGCACCGGUGCUGCCCCCAUCGCCAGCUCUGGAUUCACUCAAGAGAUGGUGACCUGCAUGGACACCACUGGUCAGGCAUUCGCGAUCUGGCUCAACGUGUCAUACCUUCUCCCCCUGACCUACUUGUUCGCCCGCUUCUUCGUGCGCUCAUACCUGAAACGCAAGGAUCCCGGCAUCAAGCAGGCAACCCACAUGGAAGCUGCCGAGAAGGCCGGCAUGGACGCCCUCAAGGGCCUCAGCCGCGAGAUUCAGAGAGCAGCCAUCGAGGGUGAGAACAGCGAGGCCACCGACGAGGAGGUCAUCAAGGCGCACGUGCAGAAGAUCGUGGAGCAGAAGUCCACUCCUGAUUCACCCAUCCGCACUCGCGCAUCGGCUGCCAGCAAGGCCAAGACUGUGGCUACCAGUCAAUCUGGAUCUGACGACGGAUUCUCUACCGUGCCUGCGAAGAAGGGCGCCAAGAAGCAGAAGGCCGCUCAAGAUACUCCCGCAAGUGUUUCCGACACCAAGGGCCAAAACCCAUUCGGAGUCCUUGGUAACGACGCAUGA